UCUAGUUUGUUUAUGUCUUAACGAAGUAAAAAAAACAAUGAAUUUACACCAUGUCGUCUUCUUUUAGAUACAAUCUUCUAAGAAGUGUUAAGCCAUACACUCCCUUCACGUCGCAACUGACUAAAUCUAUGUUACGCGUUCUUAUUCAAGUUUCUGUGCAUUUUAUUGAGACAAAAAAGUCGUCUUCUGAAGUGCUUUCACUAGCACUAAACAAACUAACAAAUGCAGGCCAUAAAAUUCCGCCAAACUUUUGUGAACUCUUUACAAUGGUGUUUUUGAUGCUGCAAAUCUUUCUGAAAUACCCAAAGGGAGUUGUGAAACAUAAUGAGUUGCGAAACUGUUUAAUGGAUGAUUUAAAUUUUACAGAAGAAUACGCUGACGACAUUUGCAAAGUUUUGUUAAACCAUCGAGAUAUACUCAGCAAAAACUUUUCAGAAACUAAAAUUGACCGAGUUAAAAUGACAAAAUUGCAGUGGAGAAUUAAUAUUUCCUUAUCUUUAAACACUGUGCAUAUAGAUAAACCUACGAUAGUCAUCCACUUCAAACUUCAGAAUAGAGAAUUUCGAACUCUUGAAUUACCAUUAUCUAUGUUUCAACAAGUGCGAUAUAACAUCGCCCUUUUACUUAAUGAGCUACAGUCACUGCAAAGACGAUCUGCUUUAAAAUAAUUUAAAUGGCACUAGCUAUAUGGUUAUAUAUUUUAAAGAUUCGAUUUUGUUACAAAUUAAAUAAAAGUAAUAUUAA